AUGUCAAAAUUCUCUCCAGAAACAGCCACAUUUUCUCCAGCCAUCUCUCCAAAGAAUUCUGGAGAAGGCUUUGUUUUGAGGCCUCUUUGUAUUGCAGACUUGAAUAAAGUGGUUUUUUUUUUUUUUUUGGUACUGGGUCAGUUGACAGAGACUGGCGUCGUCAGCCCCGAGCAGUUCAUGAAAUCUUUUGAGCAUAUGAAGAAGUCUGGGGAUUACUAUGUUACAGUUGUGGAAGAUGUGACCCUAGGACAAAUGGUUGCCCCAGCAACUCUGAUAAUAGAACACAAAUUUAUCCAUUCAUGUGCUAGGAGAGGGAGAGUAGAAGACAUCGUUGUUAGUGAUGCACACAGAGGGAAGCAGCUCGGCAAACUGUUAUUAUCGACUCUGACUUUGCUAAGCAAGAAGCUGAACUGUUACAAGAUCACCCUUGAAUGUCUACCAGAAAACAUUGGCUUCCACCAAAAGUUUGGCUAUACAGUGUCUGAAGAAAAUUACAUGUGUCGGAGGUACCUAAAGUAAAGAACACCAUUAAGAUAAUGCUCCAGGGCUUUCCUGUUCAUUUCUGUUGCUGCAGCCCAGUGAGCUCCAUUCCUUCUAGACUGGAAGACUGUAGUGGUGACACAAGAGCGUGCCUGUGGCUGCUGCGGCCGCUCUGCGUCACAAGAACACAAAUGAUCAUAAAGGGGAUGAUUUUUAACCAAAGGAAUGUAUUUUCAACUUGAAUCUUUUCUUUCAUUGUAUUUUUCUAAAGUUUGUCUUCAUUUCUGAAGUAGUCAAGAG